ACCCACCUCCCAGUCACCUCUCGGCAGUGGAAGGGGACGGUACACCACGCUCGCGCUCUCCUUACCCUGGCAGUGAAACUUGAGACAGCGCUUAGUGACCAAUAUUUACCUUCCACCUGCUACCUUACCUGCCUGUCCUCGCCCCUGGUACAAGUUUGGAGCGUGUUUAGAUAUUGGUGAAGCAGAAGUAAGUGGGUGUCUGGUGCCGCGGGGGUAAGUGACGCGCCUUCACGCCAUAACAUCUCCCCGUUAAAGCUUGAGGCGCACUGAAGCAUCCCUAACACUCGGAGCCACUUUUAUAACAACAUUAAAUUUUUUCGGGAUAUUUUCAGCCUACAUCACCACCACCACCACCACCACCACCACCACCACCUGUAAGUGUCUCUCCCACACACACUCCUCAGCCGCACUUCAGCACAAGCUUAGCACCAUGAGGUGUGUGGCCUCCUCCCCGCCAGGCGCCGCCGUUUUGAGCCAGUCUUCAGGAUGCCUGAGCGCGGCGUGGUCGUAGCCCCGGCAUCAUGGUGGUGUUGUGUGGCCGCCUGGAGGUGGUGGUAGUGGAGGCGGCGGACCUCCCAAACCUCGACCACAACCUACUGCGGCCGGAGGACAAGAGCGACCCCUACUGUGUGGUGGAGGUGCAGGGCGGCGGCGGCGGCCUCUCUAAGAUCGGCAAGACCUUCACCAUCGACGACUGUCUCAACCCACGCUGGUUCUUCCGCUUGGUGGCCGACGUGAGCCAGGACGUGGCAGGGCUGCGCUUCACCGUCAAGGACAGAGACUUGCUCUCCUCGGACAUUAUCGGCAGCUGCUUCCUCCCCGUGCACACCUUUGCCGGUAGCGCCACGCCCCAGCCCGCAGAGCUCACCCUUGUCAAUACCAAGGGCUUCCGCGCGGGCAGCCUGCGCGUCACCGCGGCCUUCGUGCCCGCGCCCGGCCAGCCCGACGUGACCAUCGGCCAACGCACCAUCACCAAGGCCAACGAGCUGCGGGAGCGAGUGUCCCGCAAAUUCCACAGACCUAACGAGGCCAACAUGUCCUUCUGCGACAUGGUGUUCCUGCACGGAGUGCUGGAUCUGCGCCUGGAACGCGCCACCAACCUACCGAACCUGGAUUCGUCCAUCCUCAGCCUCAGCAAGAAGGACGUUUCCGAUCCCUUCGUGGUAGUGUCCCUGGAGGAUCCUGACGGCGAGCCCUGGAAGGUGGCCACCACGCACGUCAUCGACAAUGACCUCAGCCCCGUGUGGGACGAGACGUUCCGCGUGGACGUGUGUCACGACGUGUCCGCCGUCACCUUCACGGUGCGCGACAAGGACUUCCUGUCCUCGGAGCAGAUCGGCUCCGUCACCUUCCCCGUGAACGAGGUGAUGACCGAGGGGGGCAUCCACGGCACCUUCGACCUGCUCAGGGAGAACAAGAACAAGAAGGCAGGCACGCUGACCCUGGCCCUCACCUACCACCCCAAGCAGGCAGUGGCGCCCUCACACGAGGUACCCGAGUGCCUCUUCCCGCUGCGCCACGACAACAUGGUGCGCCUCUACCAGGACGCCCAUUGCCCCGCUCUGCCCCGGCCCCUGCAUACCCCUCAAGGGCAGCCGUACGUCCCUCGCAGCACGUGGCGUGACGUGCACGCCACACUCAUGGGCGCCACGCAGUUCAUCUACAUCGUGGGGUGGAGCGUGAGCGCCAAGAUCGCCCUGCUGCGCGAGGAGGGCGACGACACACGCACGCUGGGCGAGGUGCUCAAGCAGAAAGCUUACGAGGGUGUGCGCGUGCGCCUGUUGCUGUGGGACGAGCUGACCUCCAACGACCUGAAGAAGCAGGGUGCCAUGAGCACCGAGGACGAGGAGACCUCCAACUUCUUCCGCGGCACGCCCGUGGUGGUGGUACUGGCGCCGCGCGACCGCCACAGCAAGGACCUGUUCUCCACCAAGACGCACUUCACCUCGCUCUGCUACACGCACCACCAGAAGUGCGUCAUCGCGGACGCGCCCAUCGAGGAGGCGCCGGGCCGCAGGAAGGUGGUGGCUUACGUGGGUGGCCUGGACCUGACGGGCGGCCGCUACGACAACCCUGGCCACCCGCUCUUCAAGACGUUGGUGCGUGAACACAAGAACGACUUCCGGAACCGCGUGUUCCCGACGCUGACGAGCAGCAGCGGCCCGCGCGAACCGUGGCACGACAUCCACAGCUUCAUCGACGGUCCCGCUGCCCACGACGUGCUCAUGAACUUCAUCGAGCGGUGGCGCAAGCAGGCAGCGGACCACAUGAACGCCAUCGUGCCGCUACAGCAGAUGGAGGGAGUGGACCUGGAUUACCGCAGCACCGCGCCUGACCGGUGGAGUGUGCAGAUCUUCCGCUCCAUCAACUCCGACUCCGCGGUGUUUGACUGGUCCUCGGGCGCCGCAGGCCUCACCAAGAAGAAGGGCCGCGCCUUCGACAACAGCUUGCACCGCGCGUACAUCCACCACAUCCGCAGGGCGCGGCGCAUGAUCUACGUGGAGAACCAGUACUUCAUGGGCAGCAGCCACAUGUGGCCCGAGUGUCGCGACGCCAAGGCGGGCAACCUCGUGCCCCUCGAGAUCGCCGCGAAGAUCGAGGAGAAGAUCAGGAAUGGCGAGCGUUUCGUGGCCUACAUCUGCAUCCCCAUGUUCCCCGAGGGCAAGCCUGCGGACAAGGUGACGCAGGAGAUACUGCACUGGCAGCUGCGGACCAUCCAGAUGAUGUACACGCGCGUGGCUGCGGCGCUGCGGGCGGCGGGCUCCGAGGCGCACCCGCAGGACUACCUCGUCUUCCUGUGCCUAGGGCGGAAGGAGGCCCCUGAGGAGGUACCCGCCGAGCUGACGGCCCCCGAGGACCCCUCUGCCGCCCUGGCCUUCGCGCACCGCCGCCUCAUGAUCUACGUGCACUCCAAGAUGGCGAUCUUCGACGACGAGUACAUCAUCGUGGGCUCCGCCAACAUCAACGACCGCUCCCUCAGCGGCAACCGCGACACGGAGAUCGCCAUGGGCAGCUACCAGCCCGUGCACGUGGGCUACGGCGCCUUGCUGCCCUACGGCGACGUGGCCAUGUUCCGCCGAGCCCUGUGGGUAGAGCAUAUGGGCACCGCGGCGCCCGUGGACCUGGACCCCGGCUCGGUGGAGUGCGCCCGCGCCGUGCGGUGGCUGGGCGAGGACUCCCUCAAGGCUUACUUGGACCCCAGCGACGCGCCCAAUCCCCGCAACAUGCUGCUGUACCCCCUGGAGGUGAGCGGCGAGGGCGUGGUGGGCCCACGCCAGGACUGCCCUACCUUCCCGGACACCCUGGGCAGCGUGCUGGGCGGCCGCUCCAAAGUCUUCCCCAGCACCCUCACCACAUAGACGUUCCCCUCCCCCCUCUUUCGAGCGGACAUCCCCAGGCGGGCACCCCUCCCCCAACCAUUGUGUUAGUGACGAGGGCGCGAACAUUGACGUGGUGCUCCGCACGGCGUAACUGUGAGGGACAGACCAGUCCCGCUUCCCCCAUCCCGACUCGAGGCACUACUCCCACUCCCCACAGUCCCCCAAAAAACGGGAUGGUUCUCUCCCCGCGGAUUGACCCUCAUCCCCCCAGGUGCUACAACACUGUUGUGGGGCCGUCUGUGGCGCGAUAAACACACACACAACACACACACACACACACACACACACACACACACACACACACACACACACACACACACACACACACACACACACACACACACACACACACACGAGUGAUUCAUACUUUAUUUUGAUGCGUGUUCCACAUAUGAAGACGAACUCGUUAACUCUGGAACACACACACACACACACACACACACACACACACACACACACACACACACACACACACACACACACACACACACACACACACACACACACACACACACACACACACACACACACACACACACACACACACACACACACCAUGGAUCCUAGUAUUAGUGUUUUAGCAGAAAGUUAAGCAUCUUCCAAUCGCGUACAUACAUACAUACAUACAUACAUAUAUAUUUUUUCUCAUAUAUGCUCAAGUAUCGCUUCGCUAACUGUUACCAAAACGCGCAUAACAGUAGCCAAUAUUUUUAAAAAGGUAUUCGCUUCUUCUCCGAACCACCACCACCACCACCACCACGUUAUGUCUAUGGUUCAUAUUGUAAUGCUACUAACACCUCUACUAUAAUUUAAGGAACACAGUGACUCUUGCCAAUACUGGAAAAGCUAUUUUUUAACUUGGUAGAUUUAGUUGUUCAUUUUUUACUCUUUUAUUGUAAGCGUAAAAUGAAUAAAAAAAAUAAUGUAUACUAACCAAUAGAGUUGUGGUUUUGCUGUCGCAUCACUCAACUUUUUUUUCCAUGCAACAUUGUAGAGAGAAAAGUUAGUGUAGAUUAAUUUUUUACAUAUUAUUCCAGCUGAUUUUUAACUUUUUAUUGUAUGAUUCAAAUUGUUAUGAUUAUUAAUUAUUAUCGUUAGGCUGCAUGUGUUGCCACUUGCGAGGGUGUUGAUGAUGAACAAUGAUGAAUAAUGCAGCAACGGUUCAUGAUAACAGAGGAGGUAAAGCUUACAGAAAUAAGGUAAUAAUGUUGAAUAGUGUGAUGAUAUGUCAUGAUAACAGAGAGGAGGUACAGUUUGAACAUGAAUGAAAAUAGUAAUGUUAGAGAUAAAAUAGUAAUGUUAGAGAUAAAAUAGUAAUGUUAGAGAUUCAUGGUAACAUAGAGGAGACCAUUUGAAAUAAUAAGAAAUUAAUGACGUGUAAUAAUGUAAUAAUGUUUCGUGAUAAUGGAGGGGAGAUAAAGUUUAAAGUAAUGAGGAACUGAUAAUGUAGAGUAAUGCUAAAUUUCAUGAUAACAAAGGAGAAGUAGAGUUUAAGAAGAAAGUAGUAAUGUUGAGUCAUGUGACAGUAUUUCAGGACGGCAGUUUAAGUAAGCAAAUCAUGAUGUUCUAGACUCACAAGAGGAGUGGGAGAUGGAGUGUAAAGAAAUAAACAAAAAAAUUUU